AUGGUCGAAAUUGAAUAUCCUCCUACAAAACGGGCCCGACGAAGUACAAAAAGGUGUCAUGAAUGUGUUAGACGCAAGGUAAAAUGUCAACUAGCCACCGAGGAUGUUGCUAUUUGCUCUGAGUGUAUUAAGACUGGAGCUCAAUGCACCUUGCAGUCUCCAGCAACCGAGAGCCUGGAAAACGCUUUUUUCACGAACCAGUCGGAUCAAGAAGAGCGGCUGAAACGCAUAGAACAAAUGCUGCACAAUCUGGUAGAAGCGCAGAGAGCCCAAAAUACGCAAACACUGCUAGAGACAGAAUUCAAUCUACAACCGGCGGUCAACUGGACUGAACUAAUUAAUGAGAACAUAUUUCCGGAUAUUGGAGUUCAGCCCACACAAUUUGACUCUUUUAACCCAUCAGAACAUCUUGAACAGACGGAUUCAAAUGUGGAUAUUCCACGGAAGGGCAAAACAGCCAAAGAAAGCCUAUUAAAACUUCUUCCAUCGCAAGGCGACAUAAUCAAUAUUUUGAGCCAUACAGGAGCUUGGGCUCUAGAGCUUCCAGCUCCUCCAGGAUCAAUACGAAGCCUCAAAGUCUCAACACAAGUUGAAGCUCGCAACAUCGACACUGCCCCUCGACUUAGUAUUAUCAAUAUUGCCAAAACUCUACUGUUUCUUGCGCUAUGUCUUCAGCAAUUGCCUCCGAACUUUGAUAUCUCCCAAUUUAAUAUGGAUGACACGGAAGAUCUUGUCAAACAAUACACCCAUUCUGUGGCUUCCCUUUGCUCUUGCCAACGAAGAUAA